AAGCCGGCUUUGGAGAGCUGCUGUGGCGGCGGCAACAUGGCGGACGUGAUAAAUGUCAGUGUGAACCUGGAGGCCUUUUCCCAGGCCAUUAGUGCCAUCCAGGCGCUGCGCUCCAGCGUGAGCAGAGUGUUCGACUGCCUGAAGGAUGGAAUGCGGAACAAGGAGACGCUGGAGGGCCGGGAGAAGGCCUUCAUUGCGCACUUCCAGGACAACUUACAUUCGGUCAACCGGGACCUCAAUGAGCUGGAACGUCUGAGCAAUCUGGUAGGCAAGCCAUCUGAGAACCAUCCUCUUCAUAACAGUGGGCUGUUAAGCCUGGAUCCUGUGCAGGACAAAACUCCUCUCUAUAGUCAACUCCUUCAAGCAUAUAAAUGGUCAAACAAGUUGCAGUACCAUGCAGGACUAGCAUCUGGGCUUUUGAAUCAGCAGUCAUUGAAGCGCUCUGCUAAUCAGAUGGGAGUAUCUGCCAAACGUAGACCAAAGGCUCAGCCCACAACUCUUGUCCUACCACCUCAAUAUGUUGAUGAUGUGAUCAACCGCAUUGACAGGAUGUUUCCUGAAAUGUCCAUCCAAUUAUCCAGACCCAAUGGAACAUCAGCAAUGCUUCUGGUGACCUUGGGAAAGGUGUUGAAAGUGAUCGUCGUCAUGCGGAGCCUGUUCAUUGAUCGAACAAUAGUAAAGGGAUAUAACGAGAAUGUCUACACCGAAGAUGGCAAGCUUGAUAUAUGGUCCAAAUCCAACUAUCAAGUAUUCCAGAAGAAGGCGUGCCUUUGUCCUGCUUGUUUUCUCUAUGCCGGCUGGGAGUGGCCACUGACUCGUCUUUGCCCUGCACUCUCAGGUAACAGACCACGCCACCACUGCCCUGCUCCACUAUCAGCUGCCCCAGAUGCCGGACGUCGUGGUCCGAUCCUUCAUGACCUGGUUAAGAAGUUACAUAAAGCUGUUCCAGGCCCCGUGCCAGCGCUGCGGGAAGUUUCUGCAGGACGGCCUUCCCCCGACGUGGAGGGAUUUCCGAACCCUCGAAGCCUUCCAUGACACCUGCCGGCAGUAGCCCCCACGCUGGCCCCAGCCUCAGACCCCACCCGGCACCUUCCCAGACACGCAGGAAGCCCACAGAAGGCUCAGCUGGUUCCUCACUGCCCAGAUGUGUACAGCCGCUCCUCCCUUUCAUAAAACAGCACCGUAUGUGCUGAGGCCACUCUCAAAGAGCAGGCCCCCUCUGUGGCCGAUGGGACUAAUUAUUGCCACUAGCCAGUGGACUGAAGGCAAAGAAGACUUUUCUGGAAGCUGGUAGAAGGAAGCUGUGCAGCAUGCUCCUCGUCCGUGUGUCGGCAGUGCUGGUGAGCUGACCUCUGGCCGCCAUGCCUGUCUGUCGUUUCCGUGAGCUGUUACUGGAAUGCGCCCUUGUGUUCGUGGCUAGCGUCACGCAGGGUUCUUGUGUUUUGUGGAGUUUUGGGUUUGGUAACUUAUUUUUAUAAGCAAUAAACCUUUUGUACCCUGGA